AUGGACGAAACGGUCCCUGAUACCCCUGUGAAUAACAGGAAGGUCGUUCACAGCACCCCUCCACCCCCUGGGGCUGACCCCGAGUAUGAGACGGUCGCCACGGUUCCUCUGGGAAAUUUCCAGCCGCCAUCGCAAUCGUUAACCCCUGCCUCCCAACGCUUAACGCAACCGACCCAACUACUUGACAAUCCUUAUUCCGCAAAGAACAAUUCUGUAGUCCAAGUCGCCGCUUCUUCUCCCACCGGCCCAACGUCCUCCCCCUCCCGACCUUCCAUGGCGGGCGGUCGCCUUUCGAACAUCAUGGCCCCAAGUGGCACCCAAUUCCGCCCUCCGGCCCCUGCAGGUCCUGCGAAGCGAGCUCCUGUCAUAGACCUCGAGGAUGACGGUCCCACAUAUCGCGGGGGAUCUUCUGACGACGACUCCAACUCUAGAAAUACCGACAUCAAGCCUGCGAUGUUUACAAAGUCCUCCCGGAGUCCGGAGAAGAUCCUGGAUUCCCCCCUCGGCGCGAACAAGGCAUCUAUUGAUCGCUUCAAGGAGAUCACAUCGUCCGCUGUCUACAACCCCCUCGCUGCAAAACGCCCAGCCGCGCAAAUGGACCCAACACCAAAGGGGAUCCCAGUCAAGAAGCCUCGUCAAGAUGGCCCAUCGCGCGCACUCCCUGUCGAGGUGAACAUCACAUCGCUGGACGAAGUCGAAGACUAUCAGACAAGACUCAAGAUCGAAAGGAUGCGCCGAGUCAUGCCUCAAAAGUCGGUGCAAGCGUGUCUCCAGGCUCUUCUCAUGAAACGGGGGAACUUCGACGAUGCGCUGGACUACCUGGCUCAGAGUGAAGAGAUUGGAAAUGGUGAGACAUCGGAGGAUGAGCUCAGCGUCACCAAACCGAUUGUGGCUCCCGCAAAACAGCAGAUCAAGGCUAGGGGGACUAUCCAGAACAAGUGGUCUGCCAUGAAUAUGCAAAGUCGCAAUGUUAGGAAGUCACCUGAAGAAGAAUCGAAGCCGCGGCGGCGUCUCAUGAGGGGGCCCAAGAGCCGUGUCUCGUCUCCGAGCCCCGUUCGCUCUGAGACUCCCCAACGGACUGGGCGGCUGAUCCAGGGGAGAAAGCGUGCUCCUUCUGACCGCUCUGAAUCCCCCGAAGCGCCGCUGGAGAUCUCCGACGAUUCUGACUCUGGCAUCGAAGAGGUGGCGCAAGACAGCAGCCUUGAUACAAAGGUUCUGUCAUUCUUCAACACCUGCGACGUUCUCAAUCUUGCAGACAUCGCCGCAACUACAGAAGAAAUUGCCAAUACUAUCAUUUCCCAUCGACCCUUUUCCUCCCUGGACGAUGUCCGUGCCGUCCCUGCCCCGGCUGACCCGAACGCAAAGCCGAAGAGCAAUCGAGCGCGCAAGCCACCGAAGCCAAUCGGUGAUAAGAUUGUGGACAAAUGCACGGAUAUGUUGGUGGGGUAUGAAGCUGUCGAUUCGCUGGUAGCUCGCUGCGAGGCCCUGGGUAAGCCAAUUGCCUCGGAGAUGAAGAAAUGGGGUGUGGAUAUCUUCGGAAAACGUGACGGGGAGUUGGAAAUCGUAUCGAUCGACCCUGGAGCCUCCCAUGAUUCUGGCAUUGGAACACCUGCCAGCCACGCCGACGAAGACAGCGACGGCCCCGGUUCCGGGUCAAGCUCGCGGCGAAGUCGGUUCAUCGCCCAACCGAAGAUCAUGUGCGAGGAUCUCAAGAUGAAAAAUUACCAAAUUGUCGGCAUCAACUGGCUGUCUCUCCUUUUCGAGAAGGAAUUGAGCUGCAUUUUGGCGGACGAUAUGGGUCUCGGAAAAACCUGCCAAGUGAUUGCCUUUUUGGCCCAUCUCUACGAAAGGGGCAUUAAAGGACCGCACCUGGUCGUUGUUCCUUCAUCUACCAUCGAGAACUGGCUGAGAGAGUUCCAGAAGUUCUGCCCCACCCUGUCAGUUAUGCCAUACUACGCUGGUCAGGCAGAACGAGCGAUGCUCCGCGAACGGAUUGAAGACGAGCGAGACAACAUCAACGUCAUCGUCACCACUUAUACAAUUGCCAAAGCCAAAGUCGAUGCUCAUUUCCUCCGUAACAUGGAUUUCUGUGUCUGUGUCUACGACGAAGGGCACAUGCUCAAGAGUUCAACUUCUGUGCUUUACGAAAAGUUAAUCAGGAUUCCCGCCAGAUUCAGGCUCUUGUUGACGGGUACUCCGCUGCAGAACAAUCUCCAAGAGCUCGCUUCCCUCUUGGGAUUCAUUCUUCCAAAGGUCUUCAACGAAAAGAAAGAAGAACUUCAGUAUAUCUUUGCGAACAAGGCGAAGACAGUCGAUGAAUCUCAUUCGACUCUCCUCUCUGCCCAACGCAUCGAGCGAGCAAAGUCUAUGCUGAGGCCUUUCGUUCUGCGGCGCAAGAAGCACCAAGUCAUUGACUUACCGGCCAAAAUCUCUCAUGUGGAGUAUUGUGAACUGAAUGAUUCCCAGAAGGAGAUCUACGACCAUGAGAAAGAGGAGGUGCGCCAGCUCUUGGCUGAUCGAGCUGCGGGCAAAAAGACCGGCAAUAAGUCCGCGAACAUUUUGAUGAAACUACGGCAGGCGGCCAUUCAUCCCCUACUCUACCGCAAACAUUACAGCGACACCGUUCUGAGUCGCAUGGCCAAGGCGUGUUUGAAGGAAGAGCAGUGGUCGCUAUCGGACCCGAACAUUAUUUUCGAGGAACUCCAGCUGUAUAACGACUUUGAGUGCCAUAUGAUGUGUGUGAAAUAUCCCAAGUCACUCGGGAAAUUCGCCCUGAAGAACGACGAAUGGAUGGAUUCCGGCAAGGUCAAUAAACUCUGUGAGCUUCUUCGGAGGUUUACAGCGAACGGUGACCGUUGUCUCAUCUUCUCUCAGUUCACGUUGGUCAUGGAUAUCCUUGAACAGGUGCUUGAAAACCAGCACCUUGGCUUCGUCAGAUUGGACGGCCGUACCAACGUUGAAGAUCGGCAGUCCAUUCUCGACGCGUUCCACGAACGCACUGACAUUCCUGUCUUUCUCCUUUCAACCAAAGCCGGCGGCGCAGGUAUCAACUUAGCCUGCGCCAACAAGGUGAUCAUCUUUGACUCGAGUUUCAACCCACAGGAGGAUGUGCAAGCCGAGAACCGUGCCCAUCGAGUCGGUCAAACCCGUGAAGUCGAAGUCAUCCGUCUGGUCACCAAAGACACUAUCGAAGAACAGAUCUACGCCCUCGGCCAGACCAAGCUGGCUCUUGACCAGGCCGUUGCCGGCGAAGAUGCAGCUGAAUCGAAGAAGAGCGAAGAAGCUGGCAUGAAGGUGGUAGAAGACAUGGUUCUUGCGGACAUGCAGACAUAG